GACAACUGUGGAAUGAAUCUCUCAACUCUGGAUUUAUGUCCACCCUAACCCCAAUAAUCUGGGGUCAGUGUGGAUGGCCAUGCAAGCAUUCCACUCUGUUGGAGAGUGGCCAGGAGAAGUGUCCUUGUCAGCAAUGGCAGCUCUGAAAACGAGGGACUCUUACAUGUUUUAUGUGUGAACAUUGACACACUGAGAUGAGUAAGAUACUAGUAGAAUCCGCUGCAUGGUUCUGGGGCCUUGGAAGACUAGGGCAACAUUCAUGGUGUUCAUGGAGGUGGAUGUGAAAAGAAUGAGUGGAUUUGAAGAGAAUGAGAGCAGAGAGAGGCUGAGGUUCAGAAUUAUUAGAAGGACUAAAUCCUUGUAUUUGUUACAGUCACUCUUCCAAUGCCUCUUUCUUAUAUCUUUCCUCUGAGCCAUGACUGAAUGAUUUUUUUUCUUUUUCCUUUCCUAGGCACUGAAUUUGGGAUGCAGAAGCCCCAGCUCUUGGUCCCUGUUGUGGCUACUCCAAAUGGAACUCUGGUCCACCCAACAUACUUCUUGCUGGUGGGUAUCCCUGGUCUGGGGCCUGGCAUACACUUCUGGCUGGCUUUUCCACUGUGUUUUAUGUAUGCUGUGGCCACCUUGGGCAAUCUGGCCAUUGUCCUCAUUAUUCGCAUGGAGAGGUGUUUGCAUGAGCCCAUGUAUCUUUUCCUGGCCAUGCUCUCCACCAUUGACCUAGUUCUCUCCUCCAUCACCAUGCCUAAGAUGGCCAGCCUUUUUCUGACAGGCAUCCAGGAGAUUGAGUUCAAUGUUUGCCUGGCACAGAUGUUCCUUAUCCAUGCUUUGUCAGCCAUGGAGUCGGCGGUUUUGCUGGCCAUGGCUUUUGACCGCUUUGUGGCCAUCUGCCACCCACUACGCCAUGCUUCUGUGCUUACAGGGCCUACUGUGGCCAAGAUUGGACUAGCUGCCCUGACCAGGGGAUUUGUUUUCUUUUUCCCUCUGCCCUUCAUCCUGAAGCGGUUGUCCUAUUGUAAGACACAUACUGUCACACAUUCCUUCUGUCUGCAUCAAGAUAUCAUGAAGUUGUCUUGUACCGAUACCACAGUCAAUGUGAUCUAUGGACUCUUCAUCAUUCUUUCAGUCAUGGGUGUGGACUCCCUUUUUAUUGGAUUCUCCUACAUCCUUAUCCUGCGAGCUGUGUUGGAGCUGUCCUCCAGGGGAGCUGCACUCAAAGCUUUUAACACCUGCAUCUCACAUCUCUGUGCUGUGCUGGUCUUCUAUGUGCCUCUCAUUGGGCUCUCAGUGGUGCACAGGCUGGGUGGGCAUACCUCCCUGCUCCAUGUGGUUAUGGCUAACAUCUAUCUAUUGCUGCCACCUGUGGUCAACCCCAUUGUCUAUGGGGCCAAGACCAAGGAGAUUCGUUCAAGGGUCCUCCAUAUAUUCUCACAGGAUAGCAGGUGAGAAGAGUCCCUACCACAGUGUCCUCAGUAAUGCCAAAGAUGGGAGGAUUAGAUUAUGUUGAAUGUCUUGUUUGAGGAGACAACACUCUUUUCUACUUCUGUUUAUCUAAAUAGAUUUGUAUUUCUCUCUCCAGGAAUGUGCCAUUAUGCAAGGGCAGACCAUCCUGGAGAAGGAUUUACCUAGUCUCUGUGCUAUAAUGGCCUUACAUGGUCCCUCUCUCUCAAGUAAAUAUACACAUGAUUUUGACAUGGGAAGGCUAUAAUAUCACACCUCAUGGUUUAUUUCAGUCUUCAUGUAUGAUUUAAAUUAUGAUUUCCCUCAUGCAUUUAGGUCAGUAAAUCUGUGUUGAUUAUGAAACUUACUACUCAUACCCCAAAGUGGUUACACAGUCAUAAUUAUGGGUUACUGAAGGUAUUUGGAGGAUAGUGGUGGAAAGGAAAUGGAGACAGGAGAGGGGGUAGUUCACAUGAAGUACUCAAGUUUCUGUAUGUAUCUGGGUGUAUUUAUCUGCCAAUGUGUAUCUGUGUGUGCUGUGUGAAAGCAAGUGUGCUCAUAUGCAAGAGAGAAAAUGUGCCUAUUGUGUUUGGUGAGUGUAGUAGUGGUGUUCUGACAUAUUCCAGUAUAUGUUUCAUGGGUGAUAUCUUUGUACA